GCUGAACAAUACCCAAUAGCCAGAUUUAAAAGCUGUCAUGAAUGGUGGAUUCUGUUCAUCUGCCACUUUUCAUACAUAAGGCGAGGGUCAGUGAAUGUUUUCAUUUAGAAUUCAGGAUAAAUUGUUAACUUAACUCUGUUUUGAAAGUACUCUUGUUGGAAUCUGAAAUGGUGCGACUGUUUUUUUGUGAAUGAUAUUUUAUCAUGUAUGAGAAUGUUGUGAUUGUUCUUGAAUAAUCAUCAAUAGGCUUUUUUGUGGAGGUUCUUGAAGUUGAAUGAUAGGUUUUUUUGCCUCAAAAGAUGAAACUAGCUCACUCAUAAGAACUCGACCAAACUUAUUAAUGCAGGAACAUUGAAGGUGUGAUUAAUUUGAAACUUUCAAGAUCGAUGGAAAGUUUUCAUUUACCACGAAACUGCUAAAAGAGCACGGUUUUGCAACAAAUUCAAAUUUACACAAUUUAAGAGCAUUUUGUAUAAUCUUUCUCUAGGAAAAGUUAUUUAUUUAUGGAUUCUUUUAAAUAUAGUUAUGGUUUAUGAGAUGUUAUAUAUCGUUUUGUUGAUCCUAAAGACGUUGGAUAUCGAGAUCAAAAUCUAUUUUCAUUUUACACGUGGGUUGAACUAUCUACGAUAAUUAUUUUAAGAUAUUGCAUCAUUGAAACCUAUAAUCUUUUAAAAGAAACUGUCAGGUCAUUCAUUAAUGGUGAAUAAUAUUAGGAAGGGAAAAUCCCUAAAAACCAGCCCAGAUGGGUUUCAGGCAUUUAAAAGAUGGGCAACAGAAAAUGGGAACUUGUGCGUGAUUCUUAAGCCAAAUGACGAAGAAGUUCAACCUCCAAUCACCAUUCCAUCUCCUGAAGAACCACUUUUGGUUCAUUCUUUAUUCUCUGCUUGGAGUUUUCUGCUCUUUGAAUUUGUCUUCUUCACAGAACAGAAUAAGAGCAGCUUCCAUGUAAAUCAUCCAUGUAAAGGGCUGUCUAAGUUUUCAGAGCUUUCGUUGUUUCACAGAUGAUGAGUUCUGGGUUCAGUACAGAGUUCCCAAAUGUUGCAGAUCCAAUGCAUGAUUCAUAUCUAUCUUGUUUUCCCAAGCUAAACGAUGACAAGUUUCUUCAUCAAGACCUCAACUUCCUUCCUUGCUCUUCUUCAAUGGCUGUAUCUAAAGGGCCUGAGAUUCAUCAAAUGAAAGAGUUCUGUGAACCAGUUCUUGCAAAGAAGAAAAGGAGAGCUACAAGUGAGCAUAUUGCCGGAAUUGCUCUAUCAGAUCUGGCUAAAUACUUUGAUGUUCCUAUUACAGAAGCUUCAAGAAGUCUAAAUGUUGGAUUAACAGUGCUGAAAAGAAAAUGCAGAGAGUUUGGGAUUCAUCGAUGGCCGCACAGGAAGAUCAAGUCCAUUGAUGGUCUAAUCCGAGAUCUUCAGGAAGAAGCAAAGCAUAGAGAGGAAGAUCAGAAAGCUUUGAUGGCAGUGACAAAGAGGCAAAUGAUGUUGCAGAAUGAAAGAGAGAGCAUCGAGAGGACACCAUUUAGAGAGCUGGAGAGUGAGACCAAGAGAUUUAGGCAAGAUGUUUUCAAGAGAAGGCAUAAAGCUAGAGCUCUAGUAAGCCACAGUCCAGUUUAGUUUGCAGCAGCCAUUAUAUUCAACAAAAUAAAUGACUUGCAAAGUAGUUUGUUACUUUUUUUAAUCUCGAUCUUGUCUCGAGAUCAAGGUCUUUCAAUGCAAUAUUGUAUCUCAUCUUGGUUCCCAAUCGACAUGGCCCACAUGUCUUGAUGUUA